AUGGGCAGUCAAAAACGGAUAGCAAAGGUACAACCUUACUCACCUUUCCCUGCCAUUAUCCACGCGACAAGCAAGUUAACAGCACGCCUCAAGGAACUCGCCGAGCUCACAGAGUCUCCUCCAGCGGGCAUAACAGUCGAACUCGCGAACGAAUCCAACCUCUAUGAAUGGAAGGUGUUCAUGGAUGGUCCCGAGGGUUCUCCCUACCACAAAGGCCGUUUCGAACUAAAGCUCACCCUCCCCACCGAGUACCCCUUCAAGCCACCAAGCGUCUCGUUCGUCACGAAAAUUUAUCACCCCAAUGUAACGAACGACGACAAAGGUAGUAUGUGUCUGGGAAUGCUGAAAGCAGAUGAGUGGAAGCCUUCCUCCAGACUUUCCGCCGUCCUGGAGUUUGCGCGCUCGUUGCUCGGCGAGCCGAUGCCGGAUGAUGCUGUCGAGGGACGCAUUGCGGAGCAAUAUCGUGAGGACCGAAGGCGAUAUGAAGAGAUUGCAAGGGAGUGGACGAGGAAGUACGCUGGUGGUGCUUCCUCGUAG